AAUGGUUUGGAAGUAGUGGAGCGACCUCAUCAGCAUCACUACUUUCUCCCUUUGGAAGUUCAACGUCUUUUGGUGGAUUACACUCAUUGACAAGAAAGUAUGUCUUAGAGCCUUGAUGCGACAUUAAAGCGCCCACAAAGCGAGGCGAAGCGCUCAACAUGUUUUGAGCCUCGCUUCAGGGCUUAAGCGCGCCUUUGACAACACUGAAAUCUCCACUCAGAAGAAAGACCACUCAGGCUAUUUUGGAUGUUGUUGCAUGCGAAUGAACUAAAGGCACCUUUUGACUAUGCUUUUCCAUGGUUUAUCUACUAAAUCUUAUAACAUAAUAUUCUCUGUCGCCUAUGGCGCAGGUGAGGAUUGGUACAGAUGCUAUACUUAAUACUGCCGAUUUCAUGAAAGCAGAGUUACCAUUUCUUCUUUGACAGAGCAGUGAGGUGGUAUAUGGAAUUGGUUGAAAAAAUAAAUCUGCUCCAUUGGGAAAAGUAUCUAUGCAAUGAAGUGGCAUAGAGCUCUACUCUUUUUCCAAAUGUUAGUAAUAACUGCAAUAUCUCAGUAUGGAACCACAUCCUUUAAUGCAACAAACAAUGCUACAGCUUUUCAAACACAAGGCAAAUCUCUGGGCUCGUCGUCCACUUUACCAACAUUUGGAAAGAAAUAUGAAGGUAAUAGCGUGGCCUAUAAACCUCUGUUGUGGUCCAGAGAUGCCAGUGUUUCAGACUCCUCAAUAUUUGGUUCCUACUCCUUCGGCCAGCCAGCAGUAUCCACGCCAGGUAAAGUAGUUACUACACCAUUGCUCAAGAGCUCUGAUUUUGGAAAGUCAGCUUUCGGUAUUAAUAAGGAAGGAAGUAGAAUGGCAUCAUACACUGCAACUAAAGAGAAAGAGAGCAAGGAAAAGAUUCAAUCCAUUUGUGGCAUGCAGACUUAUGAAGAUAAAAGCCACGAAGAGUUGAGGUUUAAGGACUAUCAGUUAGGGGAUAAAGGUCAGACAUGUGCUUCUAUAUUUGGUGUUUCAGGCACAUCUAAAUUUGGUGUCAUUGACAAAUCAAGGCCUUUCACAUCACCAGUAUUUAACCCAUCGACUGUUGAUCAACCUUUUUAUUCUCAUUGUCCAAAUCCAUUUGCCUUGAAAAGACCAGGGAUUGACUUACUACCAAAUGAGAAUUCUAGCACAACUUCAUCUACCCCAUUAUUUCCAAAGUCACAGCAGUCAACUGUUUCCCAUAUAUUUCCCCCCAAAACAUCAUUCUUAAACUCAGAUGUUUCUUCUUCUCCAUGGACCAAUUCAAGCCCUUUUGCACCUUUAAAAGCGGCUUCCACUUCUUCCACUAACUCCAUCUUUUCUCCGUCAUGUUAUCCAUGGGCUUUAUCAACGUCUUCUGUUCUAUUGUCUCCACCAUCUACUACUUCUCCGUGUUUGGUCUCACCUUCCCCAGCCCAUCAUUUUGAUCAGAAUCGCUCUUUCUCUCCUUUUAACUUGCCCACCUUACCUACUGUAUCACCGCCAUCCCUUCUUCCAACUCCUGUCUCGACUACAGCACCAGCUCAAUCAUCCUGGCAGUUGCAGCCUACUUUACCAAGCCUUUUUAAUGUUCCAAGCACACCAUCCUCUUUGUUUCCCACAUUCGUUCCACUUGCUCCUACUCAAAUUACUCCAGAAAGGACUCCUAAUAUUGAAGCAAGGAUUUCACCCGCCAUCUCUUCUCAGCUAUUGACAGAAAAUGGACAAGGAGUUGGUCAUCCGGGUAUCAAUGUACAACAGUCUUACUCUCCAAGCAUCACAGGAUUGCAGCCAUCACCAAUUAUGGUUCCUUCUGAAACACAACCUGCAGUCCAGGUAUUCGUUGGACGCCCAGAUUCGGCAACAUCCGUGCAGUAUGGAAUAUCAAGCUUACCUGUUUCUGACAAAACUGCUCCGGUCAGACGGAGAUCCUCGUUGAUAAUUCGACAUUCAUCUCUAAGUCGGCAUAGGUUGCCACCUCAAAAAUACAAUCCUACUAGUGAUAAACCAAAGGUUCCCUUUUUUAUGGAUAAAGAAAACGCUUCUGGCAUAGUAAGCAACAAAAAUGUGAUCAUUUCAAGGGAAAAUCCAAGGGAUUGGGUUCGUCCUACCACUAGAGAAUUUCCUUUGGGCUCUGAUUCAUGUAGAUUGUCUCAACUGAAGCAUGCAUCCGCGGAUGGGAUGGACGAUGGAGUCAAGGUUAAUGACAGUUGCGACAAGCCUAACAUAGCUCCAGAAGAGAAGAUGCAUUAUGAUAAAUCUGGACAUUGUGUCCAAGUUUCACUUGAAAGUGAGGAUGUUGACGCCAUAAUGCCCAAGCUCCAACUCGCUGAUUACUACACAGUUCCUCCUAUGCAGGAAUUGAUAUCAAAGGAGAAGGAAGAUCCUGGUUUCUGUUGCCACGUGAAGGACUUUGUGGUAGGAAGACAUGACUAUGGAAGCAUCAAGUUGUUGGGAGAAACAGAUGUCCGGAAUCUUGAUCUUGAUUCUGCUGUCUAUUUUAAUCGUCGUGAGGUAAUCAUCUAUAUGGAUGAGAGCAAGAAACCUCCGGUCGGACAAGGCCUCAACAAGCCAGCUGAGAUAACUCUCCUUAAUGUCAAAUGCAUCAACAAAUCGAAGGAGUACACAGAUGGACCAGUGGUUAACAAGUACAGAGAUAUGCUUGUUAAGAAAGCAAUGGAGCAAAGUGCAGAAUUUGUUUCUUAUGAUCCAGUGGAAGGGCAGUGGAAAUUUAGGGUCUCACACUUCUAGAUUAGUUUACAGCUUUUGCUUUAGUACAGUGUUUUGGUUUUGGUAAUAUUAAGGUCUAUCAGUUCAAUUGUAACUGAUAGUAUAUUAUACAAUUUUCUCAUGUUGUUCAAUGGUUCUGAUCAUUUACUAUUCCCAGUAAUGUAUAUUUUACCAUAUUUGCAGUAUAA